CCUAUCUCAUCCUUUCUGUAAUAUCUCUGGUUAGGGUUUAGGACACUGAGGUAUAGGUUUAGGGUAGGGACGUCCCAAGGAUUCCGGAUAACACAAACCUUUUUCCAUUCGCAGGUUUGCAAUAAACGAAACGUUUGGCAGCAGAAUCGGCGUAAUGAAUACACCCCAGUUUCAGUGACACGUCAUUUUUGUGCGGCAUCUGACGGAAGCGACUUGCAUCCUGAUUCUCUUUGCACGUUUUGAGGCUUUUGUUAAUAAGAAAACAUGUCUAACUCGGUCAUUUCAGUUAUUUCUCGAUUCUUGGAGGAAUACAGGACCAAAACAUCGAAUAAAUUGAAAGUGGUCGACGCCUACCUUUUCUACAUCUUGUUAACUGGUGCAUUGCAGUUUCUGUACUGCUUGCUGGUUGGCACCUUCCCAUUCAACAGCUUUCUGGCCGGGUUCAUAUCUUGUGUUGGAGCCUUCAUCCUGGGAGUCUGCCUGCGUAUCCAGAUCAAUCCAGAUAACAAAGGAGACUUCCUGUCCAUAUCCCAGGAGAGGGCCUUUGCCGAUUUCUUAUUAGCCCACACUGUCCUGCACCUCGUGGUCAUUAAUUUUAUUGGUUGAGAAACAAAUUAUUUGAACCCUCAAACCAGAUUAACAACAGACUUGACCAAAAUGCACCUGUCACCUCAAGACAACAUUCAUACAAUAAGAUUUUGCCUCCCUAAUUUACCCUAACUGUAAGUGCAUGGGCCGAUCAAUAAUGACUGUGAUAAUACCCACAUCUUCUACAAAUUUGUCACUCAACUGUCAGUUUCUCAAAUAAUUAUUUUGUACUGUUUGUAUGAUUGUUGCAAACGACUUGAGAUUGUUGAAAUAAAAUAAAAACAAUUGUUGAA